CACUGUAUGCCUAUACACGACUCUCUUGUCCCUGGAAAAUUCUCGAAUUUUCUCGAAGCGCCGAGACGGAGAGCCGGAGCCGGAGGAAGGCCAUGAUACUGAGGAAGGUGUGGGGAUCGGUGUGGAAUCGCUCGAGCAGUGGCAAUGACUCGGCGGGUCAGCGUGCGGUUCGGGUCUCUGCGCCGUCAUCUCUGGGGGCGUUUGAUCAAUUACCGAUGGAUAUACUGAUUCAGAUUCUGAGAUUGAUCGGACCGAGAGAUGCGGUGAAAUUGAGCUUAUCGUGCAGGGCCUGGAAUUCUUUGGUUAGCGAUAAUCGUCUCUGGAUAUUCUAUCUCCAGUGUUCCCAGGAGCCCUGGGACUCCAUUUUCUUCGCGGAAAUGAAUUUGCGAUUGGGAUUUCCUCUUCGUUUCUGAUUGAUCAUAGAAGGAUCAUUUGAGUUGCCCACGAGAGAAUGCAUAUAAUUCAGCUAAAAGUAGCCGAGAUUAGGUCUCAAGGAUGCGGAUCAGAAUGUACUCUACUCAUACAGGGGAGUUGUCAUUCAUGCGCAUUUAUGGCCAGAGGGCACAAGUUCCCGGUUCCAUUAUAAUCGACGGUGGCUCUGGAUAUUGCAAGUAUGGUUGGAGCAAGUAUGCUUGUCCAUCUGGACGCUCAGCAACAUUUCUGGAGUUUGGCAACGUUGAGUCACCAAUAUACUCUAGACUUCAACAGUUCUUUGCAACCAUUUUCACCAGGAUGCAAGUAAAACCAUCUAUGCAGCCGGUAGUGCUGACCUUCCCCGUGUGCCAUUUUGAUGAUACUGAAUCAGCCAAGGCAUCGAGGCGGCAGCUUAAAUCGGCUAUACUUUCAGUCUUGUUUGAUAUGAAUGUUCCUGCUGUUUGUGCUGUUAACCAGGCUAUUUUGGCUCUCUAUUCUGCAAGACGGACAUCUGGGAUUGUUGUUAAUAUUGGUUUUCACGUCACAACAAUUCUUCCAAUUUUGCAUGGUAAGGUGAUGCGUCAGGUAGGCAUAGAAGUCAUUGGGUUUGGAGCAUUGAAACUCACUAGCUUUCUCAAGGAGAAGAUGCAAGAGAACAACAUUCCUUUUCAAUCGCUUUACACCGUUCGUACAUUAAAAGAGAACAUAUGCUAUGUGGCUGCUGAUUAUAAAGCUGAACUUUCGAGAGACACACAAGCUUCAAUGGAAGUUGCUGGUGAAGGAUGGUUUACUUUAUCGAAAGAGCGUUUUCAAACAGGAGAAAUAUUGUUCCAACCUCGUCUUGCUGGAAUGCGUGCAAUGGGUUUGCAUCAGGCUGUUGCACUCUGCAUGGACCACUGUGAAGCGGCUGAACUUACGGGGGAUGAUAGCUGGUUCAAGACUGUUGUAUUGGCUGGGGGAAGUGCAUGUUUGCCAGGAAUUGCUGAAAGGCUACACAAAGAACUGCAUGGCCUCCUCCCUACAUCCACCGUCAAUGGGGUCAGAGUAAUUCCUCCUCCUUAUGGUGUAGACACAGCAUGGCAUGGGGCAAAGCUUAUCAGUAAUCUAAGUACCUUUCCUGGUCCGUGGUGCAUGACAAAGAAGCAGUUCCGUCGCAAGUCAAGACUGAACCUCAUGUGGUGAAUCUUUCCGCUCUCUUCUCCUGCUCCCCCCCCCCCCAAAAAAAAA